AUGCCUGGCAUUCCACCCCAAACAGCUCUGCACGCUCUUGACAACCUCAAGGCCAAGCUCAAGGCCGCCUUCAAGAAGAAGGACGGAGAGGCCAAACCCGCCGAGCACAAGCCCACCGAGACAAAGCCUGCCGAUGCCACAGCUACCACCACCGAGCCCACCAAGACUGAGGCCGCUCCUCCUGCUCCCGCCACUGAGCCAGCUCCUGCGCCACCUGCAGCUGAAGUUGCCGCCCCUGCUCAGGAGGCCGCCAAACCCGAGACUGAGGUGAAGCCUGUAGAGCCCGCACCUGUCACCGAACCCGCUAAGAUUGCGGAGGCCGCUCCUGCUCCCGCUAUUGAACCCGCCAAGCCCGACGCCGCUCCGGCCACCGAAGCUCCCGCUGCCGAGCCUGCGCCGGUCGCUGCUCCGGCUGCGCCAACCGCUCCGGUCGUCGAGACUCCUGCUGCUGCUCCUGCUGCUCCCGUUGCCCCUGUUGAGGCCCCCAAGGAAGAGGAGAAGAAGGACGCCCCUCCUGCUCCCGCUCCUGCCCCCGUGGCCUCGGCUUAA